AUGCCCGUCAUCAAGGCAAGCCCCGCUAAGAAGGCGACUCCCGGUCGUCCCAAAGACGUCGACAAGGACCUCGUGUUCCUUUACCAGAUGAUCACCACUCAGGGUCAAUUCAAGCCGGAGUGGAAGGUCAUCGCUGAGAAGCUCGGCAUUACCACCAACGCCGCCCAUAAGCGCUGGAACCGUAUCAAGGUGCGCCUUGAAGACUUGACCAAGGAGACUGAGGGUGAGACACUCGAGGACGUGGACGCUCAGGAUGAAGAAUAA